AUGCUGGUUCUAAUCGUGGGAGUCACUGGUGACCUUGGACAACGGCUAGCCAACGCCGCCAUCGCCCGAGGCGCCCAAGUCAGAGGCCUGGGCCGUAAUCCUUCGAAACUCCCUUCAACCCUGCUUCAGAAGCUCGAAUCAUUCGUUCAGUCGGAAAACUACUACGACAUCCCAGCAAUCGAAGAAGGGCUCACGGGGGUAGACGCCGUCAUAUGCGCCUAUUCGACCGAUCCAACUCUCUACCUUGAUGGUAGUCUCCUUCUCCUACGCGCUGCAGAGCGAAAAGGAGUCAACAUCUUUGUAGCUCCAACAUGGAACAGCAACUGGACCAACAUAUCUUACGGUGACUUUCCGAUAUACAACAGCCUCAUGGCAUUUGCCGAUCACGCAGCAAUGACAAGUACUGUGCGCCCAGUCUACUUCAUCAACGGCGCCUUUGCAGAAUACACCCUCGUCCCGGACCAGGGGCCACUGCGCAAGAAUGGCGAAUCGCUCGAGUAUCACUACUGGGGAAAUGUACACGAGCAGAAAACACCUUGGACUGCCAUGGACGAUGCAGCAGCGUGGGCGAUUGAGGUAUUGCUGACGGAUGAAGGUGUGAGAGCUGGAAAGGGGGGAUACUUCAAGUUUUACUCUGGGAUGAACUCGGCGGUAGAGCUCGUCAAGACUUAUGAAAGUGUAAGUGGGACGGAGGUCAAGUUUGUCUGUGACGGGACUGCAGAAGAUCUGGAAAAGGCACUGGAGAAGGCAAAGGAAGAGGAAGGGAAAGUGGACUUUUUCGAAUCUCUCCAUCUCGCUUGGAGCAAGAUUGCUCUUCGAGGUUUAUGGCAAAUCCAUGACCCGAUCGUGCUGGAUCAUGCCAAGAAGCCAACAACGUUUGAAGAGCACUUGAAAAAGCGUCUCGGGAAAGAAUAG